UUCACUGUAAAUUCUAACCAUCAUCUGUUUCCACCUGCACAGGCUCUGCAGCUGCCUCAGGACGCUGUGGGCUUCUCUGAAGAUCACUUCCUCCUCCACACCCUUCCCAGCCAGAAGAUAAGGUGUGGAUCAAGAGACACUGAGCUGAGACCCUGGGACCCCGCCAGAAGGCACCACACCUCAUCAUCCUGACCACCCCUGCUGCUGUCAAGGUAGACUGCACCUGGUCUACAGAGUCUGCACCUGGAUACAUCACUCCCAGGUCAAGCGUGCAACUAGAAACAAGACCCGGCUAAAGAAAAGUGGACAGUCACCAAGACCUUAGAGGAUCCGCUAAAGAUAAGAGUAACAUGGGUUUUAACCUAAUGAUGUUGUUUUGUCUGGCUCUAUUCCCUUCUGCUCUUUCCUGGACUCCAAAUAGGAAACCCCCAUUGCUCCAGGCUCCCAAAUCAACCAAACCAGUGCCUAGGGCAUGGAAGUUCCGUGUUAUUGCCAUAGAAAAUCACAACAAGACCAUAGCCUCUGCCUACUGCCCAAUGACAGGAUGUGCAAGUACUAUCAGCCUCACCUUUGAUAUAAGGGACACCUGCCAAGGGAAUUGUAUACAUGACUUCUACAAUGCUAUGACCUCUCCUAUAUAUGUUUGUUUUGUAUAUGAGCAAACUCGCUCAGACUGUAAGGACCCAAAUUAUGGAGGAUGUCCACACUGGGGCUGUAAAUAUCAUAGCACUUGGCCUAGAUGGGGAGGAGAAAAUCCUUCCAGACUCAACUCGGUUGACUGGCAUACUAAGGUCACCUACUCCAUCCCCGACCCCUGGAAUGACAGAUGGAGAACAGGGGUCGAGGGUUUAGUCUAUAGACAUAAUGAGAAGGAUACAGCCUAUGAUGGGAGGACUAAGAUACUAAUCUUUAGAAAGUUAGACAAAUUAAACCCCCAACUUCCUUAA